AUGGCAGCUCGGCGCGUUGGCGGCGGGGACGAUAGCGCUGCGGACAAGGCGUAUGUGUCGAUCGCACCCCCAGCCCCGCUCAUCAACCCUGGUCCGCAGCCAGGCUAUGUCUCUCUGCAGAUCAACGUCGAGUUUCCUUCGUCGUUCAAGUAUUCGCCAAUGGCUAACGCUCUGUCCAGCCAAGAACUUGGCGCACAUCGUGUCAAGCAGCGGCGACGUGCUGAAGCUCUUGAGACCGGGCGCAACAUCCUGUCGACUGUCAAGAACACCGUCGUCAAUCAAUGGCCGAGCGAUCAAACGCUUUGGAACGAGAUCCUUUCGGAGACGAAGGUCACCGACGAUAAUGACAUGACGAAACGCGCGGAUGCAUUGCUGACGGAUCUUGGACUACGAUGGCAGCGGGCAACCCGCCCUGCCGACCGUCGACGCAUCCUCUCAACCAUUGCACCAUUCUUCCAGCUCAAGCAGCUUCAACCACACUUCCCCGGCCUCGAAUAUCGCGCACUGACGGCCGCUCGAAAGCACGGCAAACACAAUGGUCCUGGCGUCCCGGCGGCGCACGUCGUGAUUCCCAGGAACAGUCGGGCCAGCGCACAUGAUGAGCGAAUCCUCGCGUUUGCCAUGGCGACCGGUACAGCAUCCCCGACCGCGUGCACUGUCGACGGUCAGCCAGUCAUCUACCUCAACAUGACUCUCAAUCAGAUCUACAAGCGCUUCCUUGCCAAGUACCCUGGCGAAGGUACCAAGCCGAUUGUCUCCCGGAGCAAGUUCUAUGACGUGCUGCAGUCAUCGGGCGUAACGUUCGGCGAGCGUAAAGUCAAGACCGGCCUUUGCGCGACCUGCAACCGUGGCGUGACGAUUUUUCGCGAAAUCCUUCCGCUCCUCAUUCACCAGGCGAGCUCGGCUGGCGCCAUUUCCUUGGAAAUGGACGAGCGCCUCUGUGCUUUUGCCACGCUCGCUGAGGGUCAUGCAAGGACUAUAGCGAGCUCUGCUGGGAAGAUGGAGCAUCACCCGCACCCGCUACAUUGCGAGCUCUUCGCCUUCGGCCUCUGUCACGAGGAGCACAAUUGUUUUGUCGACGGUCACAGCUCUUGCCCCGAGUGUGCCCCACUGCAUGAGCUGAUUCUACAGCUCAAUGGCGCUCUCUCGGGCCCGAACGCUGACCUCCUCAAACUGGCCUGCAACGACCUCGUCCUUGUGAAUGCCCACCAUUGGCGCGCGGCCGCUGCCAAGGCCGAUUUCAACGAGGCCCUCGAGAAUCUUUCGGAAGGUCGCCUGAUGAUCGUGGUGGAUUUCAAGAUGAAGGUGCUCCAGAGUUCUGCUCGAGAAGUGCAAGUUGACUUCUUUGGCAAGCAUGGCUUUCCGUAUCAUGGUGCUGUGCUCCUCUGGAUGCAUCAGGGGGUGCGGCACAUGCAUAUGCUUGAUCACUGGAGCGAUGUUAAUCGGCAGGAUUGGGUGUUUGUCGGCCAUGCGCUUGAGGCCAUCGCUGGCUUCACUCGGUCAAUGAUUCAACACAAGAGGAUGCCGCCAAUCACAUCGGCCGCGCUUUACAGCGACAACGGCGCUUCGUAUUCCAACAGCGCUUUGCCUGUGUGGAUUCAGCGCCGCUUCAAGUUACUGUCCGGGUUUCCGAUCACAGAUAUUCACCACUUUGAGCCCGGCGAGGGCAAGUCCUACUGUGACACGCACUUUGCAGCAAUCACGCACGCGCGCAUGCACUGGAUCCGUAACGGGAACGACCUCAUGACCGGGCUGGAUGUGGAACAAGCCGCACAGAGUGUGACCAAUACAACUGUCAUGGGCAUCAACUUCUCGCCCUCAGUUCUCAAGCACUACGGCAACAAGUCACCCGUGUCGCCAAUCCCCGGUCUCGAUGCGGCGAUGCACAUUGUCAUCACCGACGCUGGCCUUGAAGCAUACCGCAUUCGCGAUUACCGCUUGCUUGCCACAUGGAACGCAACCGAUCAUCCCGACCCGUUUCUUCCCACGUUCGGCGCAAGCGUGAGCCGGGCUGGCAUCGUCCUUUGGAGCGCCGAUUCUGAAACUCACGAAGCGCUUCGUGCCGACCGCGACGCUGCCCUGGUCGACCACUGCGACUUUCACUCGCCGCCGUCGUCGAUAAUCAGCCACGAACCGCAUACACCACCACACAACAGUCAGCAACAGCCAACCGCCCCUGGAUCGCCUACGUUGCUUCGGGCGUUCACGCAAGCUACACCGCUGCAUCGGAACUGUGUUUGUCCAUCAGCAUGCGGCGCAAAGUUCAGCUCGCCUGACGACUUGAGAGCGCACACACGGAUGGCACAUCGCUCUGCGAGCCCCACGACCAUCGCCGCUGCCGCUUUUGCAGCCGCCGCCGACGCAGCCAAACCCCCUUCCGAUGUCGAGGACGCGAACGAGGACGAUGAGGAUGACGAGGACGAUGUCAACGACCACGACGAAGAGGAUGACGAGGACGAUGUCAACGACCACGACGAAGAGGAUGACGAGGACGAGGACGAGGAGGAUGAAUAUGACGACGACGACUCCGAUGACGAUGAUCACAACCACGACGAGGAGGACAGCCGUCUGCGGGCUUCAAUCUAUCCCCGGGAUGUCCCGUUGUACGCACAGGCCACGCUCCUCCAGUACACAGCUCGCACGGGUCGGUCAUUAUCCGUGCAGCGAAGUUGGACAGCGGAAGAACGGACAAGCUUGGCAGCGCGACUCGAAGUUACUCCGGGCUACGCGCUCAUCACGGCCCCUCGCCGCCCGCGUCUCCCAACCGCGAUGACGAUUUUCUUGCGGCAGCGAUUCGACGAGGGUAUUGAUGAUCCCAACCGCCGGCACGACAACAGUGUGUACAAAGACUUUGUCCAGCGUUUUGGAGUCGUCCAGUCUGCGUUGCACUCUGUCACCCAGCAGCGCAUCAAGUCGCUGUUUGUUUCCUGGGCGAAUCGACGCGACUCUCAAGCUGUCAACAACCGCAGUCCAGCAGAAGUACUCUCACCAUCAGCGGCAGCACCGCGAGGGCGCAAACGACGGCGUCAGAACGACGAGGAUAUCUUCUUCCGCGCUGACCCGCACAACGAUCUCGAUGAGGCAGCAGACAACGAGCACACGUCUCUGCCCUCGUUUGACGACGAGGGCGACUACGAACCCCAAGCAAGGUUUGUCUCAGUCUCUAGUUCGCAACGCCGAGUCCGAACUCGCAGCAGUCAACAAUCUCCACCCCCAGACGAUAGUGAUUAA